CUCCCUCCCUCCCUCUCUCUCUCUUUUUGGAUGAGCAUUUUUGGGGUAUGAUAAUUAUUGUAUCGUGAUUAUUUUAUUCUUUCGACCAUUCCCCUUUUUACUGUGAAGUUUGAUUCCUUUUGAUUUCUGUAGCCUGUAUGCUGUAUUUAUUUUAUUUUUCAAAAAUGAAUAAUCAUGGUCGAUAUUUGAUUUUCUUCUUGGUUAUCACAUUUAUUCAUUUAAUCAUUUUGGAUUUUCCUCUUAUUUCUUUUUUAGAUUCUGCAAAUUCACGAUCAAUUCUGUCAUCGACCAAUCCAUUCCCUUCCCUCCUGUACAAUUCCAAUUAAAAUCUGUGCCUGGAUCUAUUGUGACUACUAGUGGACGCCCCGGGUGCAUGGCAGGCACCAACCACUACUAAGUUGAUGAUGCUGCUACUAC